AUUUUUAGAAUACCAACAGAGAAAUUUGAUUUUUUUCUGGCAUUGAUUUUUGCUACUGCAGAGAUCAACAUGAACCCUUAUCUUUUACCCAACAUGUCUUUGCUAUUUUCCAUCCUUGUUGGCAUGUGUUCCGAUACAUUGAAUAUAAUCAAUCUAAAACAUUCACCACAAGCAAAUUUUUCAACUAUUCCUAAUUAUGAGUGUGGAGUGUCUACAUGUGAUGUAUCACUUAUAGGACCAUCAUGGAGUACAUCUAUAAAAAUGACAACCAUUAUCACAUCUCCAAAGAUAUUCUUUGGACCAUUUCAUCCUAUCCUGAGUGAUAAUGUCCUAUUUCCCUGUGUCUACCAAAUAGCACACAAGGAUACAUGUUUGCCCAAGGCCAUGGUCUCUUUGAUGCUUUAUUUUGCAUGGACCUGGGUAGGGCUGGUUGUCUCAGAUGAUGACCAAGGGAUUCAGUUUCUCUCAGACUUAAGAGAAGAGAUGCAAAGAAAUGGAGUCUGCUUAGCUUUUGUGAAUGUGAUCACAGAUAACAUUCAAUUAUACACAGCAAGGGCUGGAAUAUAUGACAAACAAAUAAUGGCAUCAUCAGCAAAGGCUGUUAUUAUUUAUGGGGAAAUGAACUCUACCCUAGAAGUCAGCUUCAGAAGGUGGGGAUAUUUAGGUGUACAGAAAAUCUGGGUCACCACCUCACAAUGGGAUGUCACCACAAGUAAGAAAGAUUUCAGCCUUGACCCCUUCCAAGGGACUGUCACUUUUGCACACCACCAUGGUAAGGUUUCCAAAUUUAGGAAUUUUAUGCAAAUAGUGAACAUUUCCAAAUAUCCAGUAGACAUUUCUCAGAUGAGAACAAAGUGGAAUUAUUAUAACUGUUCAGUCUCUGAGACCAACUUUAGUUCAAUGAAUUAUUAUUCAUUCAACACUACAUUAGAGUGGUUAUCAAAACACAAAUUUGACAUGGCCAUGAGUGAAAGAGGUUACAAUUUAUACAAUGCUGUGUACGCUGUUGCCCACACCUACCAUGAAAUUGUUUAUCAACUAGUAGAUUCUCAGCCUAUAGCUGUACUCAGAGGAAUAUUCCGUGACUGUCAUCAGAUGGCUUCUUUGCUGAAGAACAGGGUAUUUAUGAACCCUAUUGGAGAGCUGGUGGACUUGAAUCUGAGAGGAAAACUGUGUGCAGACUAUGACAUAUACAACAUUUGGAAUUUCCCACAAGGCUUUGGAUUAAAGGUGAAACUAGGAGGUUACUCCUCCUAUUUCCCACAGAGCCAACAACUGCACAUUUCUGAAGACUUGGAGCAGACCAUUGGAGCAACACUUCUUCCGACUUCUACAUGCAGUGUGACAUGCACUCCUGGAUUCAGGAAAUUUCAUCAGGAACACACAGCAGACUGCUGCUUUGACUGUGUCUGGUGCCCAGAAAAUGAUGUUUCCAAUGAGACGGCAGAUAUGGAGCAGUGUAUGCACUGUCCAGAGGAUCAGUAUUCCAACACAGAGCACACACGUUGCCUGCAAAGACAUGUCUCCUUUCUAGCUUAUGAAGACCCAUUGGGGAUGACUCUGGCUUGCAUGUCCCUGUGCUUCUCUGCCCUCACAGCUCUUGUUCUUGGUGCUUUUGUGAAGUACAAUGACACUCCCAUUGUGAAGGCCAAUAACCGCAUUCUCAGCUACAUCCUACUGAUCUCCAUCACAAUCUGUUUCCUCUGCUCAUUGCUCUUCAUUGGGCAUCCCCACAUAGUCACGUGCAUCCUUCAGCAGACCACAUUUGGAGUCUUUUUCACAGUGGCUCUGUCUACAGUCUUGGCCAAGACUAUUACGGUUGUCUUGGCCUUUAAGCUCACGACUCCAGGAAAAAGGAUGAGAGGGAUACUGGUAUCAGGGGCACCUAAAUUUGUCAUUCCCAUCUGCACCCUGGUCCAACUCAUUCUCUGUGGAAUCUGGCUGUUCACGUCCCCUCCAUUUAUUGACACAGAUACACACUCUGAACAUGGACAGAUCAUCAUUGUGUGCAGCAAAGGCUCAGUCAUUGCAUUCCAUUUUGUCCUGGGAUACUUGGGCUCCUUGGCUCUGGGGAGCUUCACUGUGGCUUUCUUGGCCCGGAAUCUUCCUGACAGAUUCAAUGAAGCUAAAUUCCUGACCUUCAGCAUGCUGGUGUUCUGUAGUGUCUGGGUCACCUUCCUCCCUGUCUACCACAGCACCAAGGGGAAAGUCAUGGUCGCUGUGGAGGUCUUCUCCAUCUUGGCCUCCAGUGCCGGAUUGUUAGGGUGCAUCUUUGUCCCAAAAUGUUAUGUUAUUUUCAUAAGACCAGAUUUAAAUUCUCUUCAAAACUUCAGGGAUAAAUCACUUUAUUGA